UCAUUGUUUUUUUUAAUACGUUAGCCAGUAAAACGGGACUGUUGUGACGUGCGACAACCUAAGUGGAUGACAUGCCCGUGAAAGCUUCGCAUAGUGAGUGAAUGACAUCGAUUUGUUUUUAUAUUUAAUGAAUAAAUUGUGGAAUUUGUGAUUUUGACAGCAAAGUUAGCCACAAGGCAGCUAACAAGACAGCCGCGCCCCCAAUAGUCGUUAAGCCCGCCCCUACCUCGUUCCUAUUGGCUGCAGACGGCCAGACGAGCGUGACGUUUCCGCAUUCGAAACCCGCCAUAGGCUGCGCAACGCGUCAAUCAUGUCUCCGCCACUUGUUGCUAGGGAGAUUGUUUGACGCUAGGCAGGGCGGAAGUGUUAUCACUCCGGUGGGAGGGUCGACGCCUGUCACUUUUUACUCGACAAAACCGAAGGUAAAACUCGCGUCUUGCGCCACUGCUGCCGCGCGCUUCGUGGCCAGCGAGGCUGUGCUUGUUAAAUAGCCGCGCGGUGGGACCGGAAGACGGGCUAGUUUUGCUAUUAUAGCCACUGGGAGGAGGCUAAGUAACAGGAGGGAGGGGGCAGCUUUCACCUUCAGCAGCACACUACAAGUUGUUGUCCUGACAAGGGUGCGGUGAUGCUAAAGUGCUCGGCGACAUUUGAAACAAUGCGGUCGUGUCUUCCCGGAGGAUGCGGUGGAGCUCGCAGGAUGUAUUAAACGUCGGCAGCGUUGACGUUAUUUCUCUCCCCAGGAGGAUGACAAUCACAUGACGGAGGAGCAGACUGGACUCCCUCUGAAGCAGAAGAUCCUUUAUAGCGAUUCUCUUCAGCGGUUUGUUAGUGUUUGGCCCAGCCCUCAAGUACACAAGAGUAUCGGUUGAUUUAGCCGGGCCCCCGUUUUUGUUUUUAUUUUUACUUUCACCUUUUUGUUUCGUUUGUAAAGAAAUGCUUUACCUGAAAAAGUACUUCACAGAGGGCCUGAUUCAGUUCACCAUCCUCCUGAGUCUCAUUGGGGUGCAGGUGGACGUUGACACCUAUCUGAGCAGUCAGCUGCCCCCUCUGAGGGAGAUCAUCCUGGGCCCGAGCUCCGCCUACACGCAGACACAGUUCCACAACCUGCGCAACACGCUGGACGGAUAUGGCAUUCACCCAAAGAGCGUGGACCUGGACCGCUUCUUCGCCACCCGCCGCCUGCUGAACCGGGUGCGCCAGCUGGACCGCCUCGCCGUGCCCACCCCCGAGUUUGACACCUGGCUGGUGCACCGGGACGCCGAGACGGUGGUGUCGGCCAGCGGCAGCGCCCUGGACAAUGGGGGUGGCUUAGAGGACAUCGACGACCUGGACGCUGCCCCCGCCAUGAGAGGGGGAGUAGGCGGCGGCGCGCCCGAGUCCACCGACAACAGCCUGGGCGCCGUGGCCCCCGACGGAAACCAGGAGCGUGACGCCAGGGACGCCAAUGACGACUUAAGCAAGGAGGACAUCGACCUGAUUGACAUCCUCUGGCGUCAGGACAUUGACCUCGGCGCGGGGAGAGAGGUGUUCAACUACAGCAGCCGCCAGAAGGAGAACGAGGAGGACAAACCCCGCCCCCAGGAGAGCAAGGACGCCGGCGAUGAGGAGCGGGAGAGUUGGAGGAAUGGCGUCAACUUGCGGGGAGUGGACGGCGAGACCGGCGAGGAUAUUCCACAGCAGCUUCCUGCUCUGAGCUCACAGACCUCCUUGUCUCUGCAGGAGUGCUUGAGGCUCCUGGAGGCCACAUUUCCCUUUGGACAAGAUCCUGAGGCCACGCCUCCUCCCGCCACAGAUGUCCCCUCCACGUCUCAGGGCCUCACGCUGACGCCCACGCAACCUCCGCUGGACCUGGAGCAACAGUGGCAGGACAUCAUGGCCGUCAUGGAGCUUCAAGCCAUGGAGGUCGGCGGCAGCAGCGACAACUGCGACGCAGACAUCAGAACGGCAGCAUCCGACAUGGUGAGCGAUUUCGGGCUGGCACCGAUCAACCAGGACGUGAGCCUCCAUCAGGCCUCGCUGGCCAACUGCAGCCCGGAAUUCCCGCAAGUUUUCCAGCCUCCCUCGGAGCCGGCGAGCUUCCCUGCGAGGAACGCCGUGCGGGCGAGUAACUCCAGCAACAUCAACGCCACCUUCGGAACCACCAACCUGACCGGCGUCUUCCUGCCCCCGCUACUCAACGCCACGGGCACCAACGCGACCGCCACCCUGACUGACCCUUUCAGCAGCCUGCUGGAGGAGUCCAUGUUGGACGAGAUCAGCCUGCUGGACCUCGCCAUGGAGGAAGGCUUCAGUCAGGCUCAGGCCUGUCAGCUGCAGGACGAGUUGGACUCGGAUUCGGGUCUGUCUCUGGACUCCAGUCGCAGCCCGGCGUCUCCCAGCAGCUCGGAGACGUCGUCCUCCACCUCUGCCACCUUCUCGGAGGAAGGCGCCGUGGGCUACAGCACCGACUCGGAGGUGACCACCGCCGACUCGGAGGAGGGCGCAGUGGGCGGCUACCAGCCCGAAUACAGCAAGCUGUGCCGCAUGAGCUUUCAGGAUCCCGCCCACUUCCGCGGCCUCCCCCAGCUGGGCGCAGUAAACCACAACCACACCUACAACCUGCCGCUUUCCGCCGAGCACCCGGAGCUCCCCGUGGGGCUCGGCAAGAAGGCGGGCCGCGACAAGCAGCACUCCAAGAUUCAGCCGCCGCAUGACUUGCUGGACAAGCACUCGAGCCGGGACGAGCGGCGCGCUCGCGCCAUGAAGAUCCCCUUUUCCAACGAGAAGAUCGUCAACCUGCCCGUGGAGGAGUUCAACGAGCUGCUGGCCAAGCACCACCUGAGCGAGGCGCAACUGGCGCUCAUACGGGACAUCCGCCGGCGAGGCAAGAACAAGAUGGCGGCGCAGAACUGCCGCAAGCGCAAGCUGGACACCAUCAUCAAUCUGGAGCAGGGCGUGCACGACCUGCGACGCGACAAGUCCCGCCUCCUGAAGGAGAAGAUGGAGUUCCUCCGCUGCAUCCGGCAGAUGAAGCAGAAGAUGCAGAGUCUGUGCCAGGAGGUCUUCACGCAGCUGCGGGACGAGCAGGGCCGGCCCUACCCCCCCAGCCAGUACUCGCUCCAGUACGGCGCCGACGGCAGCGUGCUGGUCGUGCCGCGCAGCGAGCAGGGCCGCCGCACCGACAAGAAGCCCAAAGAGAAGAAGAAAUGAAAGGCGACGACGUCGUGGGGCUUCCUCCUUCGCACGCGAGCGAGUCGCGCACGCCACUCUUGACUUCCUGCGUUCCUUUGGCCCGAAUUUCAUUCUGCUCCGCCAUUUUGUGUCCCUGGAAACGACUCCGACGAUGCAGAAGAACUCGCUUGACCGCUCCGAUCUUCCCAGGCGGGAAAAAAGGAAGGACUCAAAGAAGCCGCCGCUAAACUUUUAGCCCUUCUCCGCCGGGAGCCGCCAUGAGGUCGGAGGUCACCCGCCGUCGGGAGGGAAUUCCGACGAGCGUCUGACGGUCCUGAGAUCAUCUUGUUGGCGCCCGGAGGACUUUAGUGCCAAGGGCAGAAAGUACGGAACGUUGAGGAAGUCAGUGGCGUUCCUGCGAUGGCCACCAGGGGCGCUUCUUUAUCUACAAUUACAUCCUUUCUCUGCAACCCGGCUUCACGCAUUCUGCUGCCUCUCUCGCGUCUACCAAGUCCGUCUCUAGUCUUCAAAGUCUCCAAAGUCCCGUGCCGAAGAGUUUUGCAACGACACGAUCAAAUAUUUAUUUGUCACAAUCCUCUCAGAUCGUUUAGCGGGACGUCGUGUUGUUUGUCGUUCCUCUCGUUAGAGCGUUGGUCAGGUGUGUCGCUCGUUAAGCUGCUGUAGUCGGGAUUGUUUGCGGUCGGACGCCUCGUCGGCGGUCGCGGUUCCUGAAGAGAAAAGUGUGAAACGUUUUUACAGAAGCCGAAGAGCGUUACAAGUUUCCUGUAAUCCACUUUGACUCCGACUCGUGCAUCCUGCUAAAACUUAGUGCACUUUUUUUUGUCUGUCCUGUAAAUAUUUACGUGUUCCCCUCGCCGUUCUGUUCCAUGUAGUUUGCUGGCAAUCAACAUUUGGUUUGUAUUGAUUAAUAAAGUGGUUUUAUUUCCA